AUGGCAAUUGAAGUUUGCUUUUUUAUUCUCCUCGUGGAAUUUUCAAUUCCAGUUCUAGGAGAUUCAGAACCUGUGAAUCCUUCCCUCACAACAUGCAAUCACUCGGCGAUAUCCCAGUGUGAAAUGGCAAAGGCAGGGGUUCACUAUGAAAAAUCCAUCGAUCCUUGCAAUUUUUAUGAAUAUUGGGGAAACUGCCUGAAAUCCCUAGAGAGAGACUGUAAAGGUGACUUUUAUUAUGAAGAGCGAGUCCACAGUUACCAGUUUGACGGGGAAUAUUACUGUCCUUGGCUCUUUCCAGAUGAUCAGCCGGCUCCUGGCUGUGAUAAGAGGACUAUGUACCAAUGUAAAAUAAAAACCCGACAAGAAAGAGAAGACUACUACAAGACGGGAAAAUGUCCAUUUCUCAUAAAGCAGAGAGACUGCCUGGAAUCUUUUCGCAAUUCAUGCUCAGAAUAUAAUAAGUAUUCUUUAGAGCUCCAUAACUGGAAAUAUCAAGCUCACUUAGACUGCCCGCAGUUGUUAGGAUGUAAUGUGACACUUUAUCAGUCCUGUUGGGAUAAAAUCGACUUUUCAAAAGUUAACCUUUACGAUCCAUCGUCCUUUCAUGCUUUAUGUGGCGACAUUUUGGAUAAUACAUUACCUUGCAUCAUUGACCAGACGGAACGCUGUCAUUAUCAGGAGGAGACUUUACUGCACAAAAAUAAAUGGAACUUCCAGAUGAUUGUUUACUCCUGUUACGGUUCUCCAGAAUGCAAUCUUGUGAAAUUAAACGAAUGCGCCCUUGAUCACUACUCUGAGAAUGUCUGGUUGAUGUCUAUACCCACACCAAAACAGGCUACAGCAAUCUGCAGAAAACAUAAACCAUACAUGCGCUGUGUGGCCCCAUACCAAGAAGCUUGUCUGAAGCAUAAAGCCAAACUUGGGACGAUUGGCCAUGUAUCACUAUCCGCCGUUGUCGACCGCAUGGAAACACUUUACAAUUAUCUGUCUUUGACGUGCAUUGAGAAAUAUACCGAUAUUCUGACAUAUGGCGAAGAUUGUUUUGACACACAAGUGACCAGCUUUCAAUUGUUUGUAUGUGAGAAUGAUAGGAUACCAGUGUUUGAUUAUGCUCCAGAUCAACAGAGAUGUCUAUCAAUUCAAAAUCUAACAUCUUGUAUCAGAAACGCGCUUUCAGACACCCAGGCUUGUGUUGAGAAAUCCAUAGAAACAGCUCAAGAUGUAGCAGUAUCUUGGGAUCAGUUCCUGUUGUCGUUACAUCACGGGUUUACCUGCGAUGGUUCUAAACCAGUUCGACAAACGACAACAAAUCCAACGAUACCAGAUGAACUUAUCACUACGGAAUACUUGACAAGGUUGCCAGACCAAGACAGUAGACGCGGUGUCAAUCAAUCAAAUAAUGUUUUACAGGGACACUGGAUGCUCUGUGUUUUAGCAUUGAUCAUAUGUAUGUGUAAUGUGUUCAAAACCUAA